GAGGCUGGUAAUUGUUGCUUUAUUGCACCUAUUUUUUCACCUACUUGUAUAUACAGUUAGGUCCAUAUAUAUUGAGACAAGCUUUUUGGCAUUUGGCCUCUGUACACCAUCACAGUGGGUUUGAAAUGAAACACUUUCAGCUAUAAUUCAAGGAGUUUGACAAAACGUGGCAUUAACCAUUUGGGAAUUACAGCCAUUUUAAUACACCCACCCCCAUUUUUGGUGGCUCAUAAAUGAUUGGACCAUUUAAUUUAUAAUUAUAAAUAUAAUGAUUGCUUUUAAUAGCCUACUUGGAUGAAAAUCCGAGUAUUUAAGCAUUAAAAUUUGUCUUGCACGUCUAUUCUUAUUAUUAGGGCAUUUAUUCCACACACGUCGCUGACGUUUAAAGCGACUGUUAACGAAUGAAUACAUUUCUCACUCUGUCGUGUCAAGUUAUCAAAACAUAUUAUCAAAACAAAAGUUCACAUCUAGUGGGAGUUUAGAAACAUCCGAGCCAACUGCAGUCGACUUGCUCUUUUCUUGACACUCGCAGACAUUACGGUAGCCCACAUAUUCAGCUCCCAUGAUAGGCUGCUUCCAGGUAACUCAACGCUCCCAAAUGCACGUCCGACCCUCUUGGCCAAAUAAGCCAUGUCAUAUUCUUGUCCCUUUUACACCACGCCUCACCAGAUCCUUACCGAUUUCUGCAGCCAUAUUUGUAUUUCAACGCGCACGGUGGACGUUUAGCCUAACAGUUUGGAGUGCGUAAACACACUCCGAUUCCAGAUUCACGUCUGUUUUGUAGAAUGUUUUUGAAACAAUGUGUGCCUGUUGUUCCCUUCUGCUGCCGGUGGUGAUCAUCGUAUGUUACUCUGUAAGUGGUCCAUAUAAUUUUGUGGCCUGCCAGAAGAAGACCUCCUGCCAUGUACAAGACGGCAGAGCUGACUGCAGCCACCUCAGCCUCAGUGCGGUCCCUCAAAACCUUCCCAGAAACCUCACCAGCCUGGACAUGUCUCACAACAUAUUGCACGGGGUUCCCCCUGAGUCGCUAACUCCAUACUCAGGUCUCCACAAACUGGAUGUUAGUUACAACAGUAUCACCAAGCUGGACGGGAGGUUGUGCCAGACAUUGCCGCUGCUGCAGACACUGAACAUGCAACACAAUGAAGUGCUUUUUCUGAAGAAGGAAGAUUUGAGCCUUUGUACCAAUCUAACACAGUUGAUUUUGUCUAGUAAUAGACUAAGGCUACAAGGAGACUCCUUCUCUGCACUUCAGAAACUGAAAUUUCUUGAUGUUUCCAUGAACAAACUGCAAUCAGCCAAGCUCAGCUCUCAGCCUCAGCUGCCCAACCUGGUGAACCUCAGCCUGGGAUUCAAUGCCUUCACCACUCUGAAGAAAGAUGACUUUUCUUUCCUUAACCAUUCAUUCUUUCUACAAGUCCUCAACCUGUCAUCUGUGUCUCUAAAAACAUUGGAGCCUGGUUGCUUUGAGCCCAUUUCACACCUACAAACCUUAAUCAUGGAUGGAAGCAAUAUGGGCCCUGUGGUUAUUGCUAGACUUUGCUCAGAGUUGUCAGGGACAGCCAUUGGUGCCCUUUCUCUUCGGAACAUGAAGCUGGUCACCCUCGCAAACACAACCUUUGCAGGACUACAGAAUACACAUCUAACUUUUCUUGAUCUCUCCCGCAAUGGCAUUGUUAAAAUAGAGAAAGGCUCAUUUCAGUGGCUGUCCAAACUCGAGACUCUAGUUUUGGUGGACAACAACAUAAAGCAACUGACCAUGGACACAUUUCAGGGGCUAAGAAGUUUAAAAAAACUCCAACUGACAAAAGCUCUGGUGAAAAGGUCUUCAUCCUCCACCCCAAUUAUUGAUGAUUUCUCCUUCCAACCAUUAAGUGCCCUGGAGAGUUUGAUAUUACAGAAAACUGCUAUUCGUGAAAUCACAGAGCACACAUUUACCGGCUUGACAAGUCUGAAAGAACUUGACAUGAGCUGGACUACUUACACCUCACUCAAAAACAUCACCAACAAGACCCUUGUCUCACUAGCUGGAUCACCUCUCAAACACCUAAAUCUGACAGGAGCAGCUAUAACACAGAUUAAUCCUGGAAGCUUCUCUGUUCUCAGAAACCUCACCAUUCUUCUUCUAGAUUCCAACUUUAUCAAGCAAACUCUCACUGGCAAAGAGUUUGAAGGUCUGGACCAAAUUCAAGAGAUUCACAUGUCCUUGAACUUCCAGAAAGUCAAUCUAAGCUCCACCUCGUUUGUUAACGUGCCCAAUCUUAGGGUUCUGACUUUGGGAAAAAGUCUUAUAUCCACUGCCUUGAACCUGGAUCCCUCUCCAUUCAGUCCCUUGUCCAACCUCACUGUCCUGGAUCUCAGCAACAAUAAUAUUGCUAAUAUCAGAGAGAAUAUGUUGGAGGGACUCGUGAACCUGAAGGUGCUGAAACUCCAGCACAAUAACUUAGCUCGUUUGUGGAAGAGAGCCAACCUAGGUGGGCCAGUUUUGUUUCUCAAGGGGGCACAGAAUUUGACAGCCUUACAGAUGGAUAGUAAUGGACUGGAUGAGAUCCCAGAACAGGCUCUGAGAGGCCUGAGGAAGCUUCAUGAACUAAGCCUGUCCAACAAUCUCCUCAAUAGUCUGAGGGAUUCUAUUUUUGAUGAUCUAAACUCACUUCACGCUUUAUAUUUACAGAAAAAUCUGAUCACAACUGUGAGGCCUGAAGUGUUCAAAACUCCACUGAGCAACCUCAGCGUGCUUGUCAUGGACAAAAAUCCCUUUGAUUGCACAUGCGAGAGCAUCCUGUGGUUUGUGACGUGGUUGAAUAACACAAAUAUGACCAGUGUGCCAGGUCUCAGGGAGGAGUACAUGUGCAACACACCCCUGUCUUACUUUAACCGCUCUAUCAUGGAUUUUGACACACUCUCUUGCAAAGAUAUGACCCCAUUUCAGGCUCUUUACAUUAUGAGCAGCACAGCUGUCAUCAUGAUGAUGGUUACUGCACUUCUGGUGCGGUUCCAUGGCUGGAGGUUUCAGUUUUAUUGGAACAUAUUGAUCAAUCGCACAUUAGGGUUUAGCGAUGCCAGAGUUGAAGAGGGCAGGGAAUUUGAGUAUGACGCUUACAUCAUAUAUGCAGAGGAAGACAGCAGUUGGGUGGAGAGAAGGAUGGUCCCCCUGGAGAAUGAAAAUUGCAAGUUUUGUUUGGAGGAUCGAGAUGCAGUUCCUGGCAUGUCACAGCUUGAAUCCAUUGUGAAUAAUAUGAGAAACUCUCGAAAAAUCUUGUUUGUCGUCACUGAAACGCUUCUCAGAGACCCCUGGUGUAGACGAUUCACAGCCCAUCAAGCACUUCACCAGGUGAUUGAAGCCAGCAGGGACUCUGUGGUUCUGGUCUUCCUGCAGGAUGUUCACGACUACAGGUUAUCACACUCACUCUUCCUCCGCAGGGGCAUGUUGCGUCCCUGCUGUGUCCUGGAUUGGCCUGUCCACAAAGAGAGGAUACAAGCCUUUCACCAGAAGCUCCUCAUAGCACUUGGCAUGACUAAUCGUUUGCAGGAGUGACUGUUUUCCAUUGAUGUUAAUAGGAAAUUCACUUAUAAUAAUUCCUAACAUAUGUUCAUUUAUCUCUUAUUGCUACCAAUUGCCUGUUGUUUUGCUCUCUGUGUAAAUAUUGUGUUUAAACAUACAAACACAGUAAAUUACAUAUGUCAUGUUUUACUCACAUUGCAUCGCAGCGUUCAGCAAUAAUUCCAAUAAAGCAACACAGGUACUCCAACUUGAAUAUUAAAUACUUCAUCAGUCAGGGGAAGACAUGCAUCCAUGCUGAUGGUAAAACAUUUAUGAGCAAAAAGUGGCUUUUUUGUGUGUUUUAUGUAUAUUCGAUUUGCCUAUUCAAGUACUGUAACAUUUUUAAAGUUAGGCAUGUACUGUAUACAUAAUGUAAAGUACAAACUAUGUUGAAAAAGUGUGAACUCAAAACAUCUCAGUAUUGUUGACGGCAGAACAUGGCACUUAAAUAAAUUAUUUAUUUGCU